GCCUAGCUUGGCUUUAACCGCACACUGUCGCACUCAUCUUUGGACAGAGUCCCUAUAAUUUUCAGUAUGUAGCUCAAAUACGAAUGCACAAACCGGUGCUGAUGUUUUCGACAUGAUUGUAUAGCGGUUACUGCGGUGGUUCACGUUGUCAGCCAGCCACGCCAUGCCCUCAUUUCUGUCGAAGGUCUUUGGACGUAAGAAGGACGAACAUGCCUCCUCCAAACGUCAUUCUGCAACCUCGCUGCUGGAAGGCAAGUUUGAAGCAGUGUCUCCUAAUGUCUCACCAUCCGCCACUCACUUUACGGACUCCCUUCCACGAGUGAAUCAGAAGGAGAAAGAGAAAGACAAGGAUACUGCGUUUUCGUUGUUUCGGCCCAAGUCUCGUCAACCCCCUGCUCCUAGCCUCGACACUGCAAGACCUUCAUCUCCCAGCCCUAUUCUUACGCUCAACCUCUCAGAACCGAAAGAGGACAAGCGUCGCACACUCGGUGUGGUGUUUGAAGCAGACCCUGACAAUCAACGCGUUCUGCCUGAAUCCGUUAUUGGUGAAAGGCGUCUGAACUCUGCAGAGACCCUUUCAUUAGUGAAGGCAUGCUCGGCCGCAAUUGUCAGUCGUGGUGGUCUCGAAAGCCUCGGUGUGAUGCACCCGCACUGGUACUCCGCCUCGCCGGACGUACAGCGCAAGCUUAUUUCGCUCUUUAUCCUUUCCUUGGCCCCUCAAAGUCAAGCCCCCACGCUCCCUGUUUCUCCCUCCUCUUCUUCCCUCUUAUUUGAAUCGGAGCUAUCCUACACUCGCUCGCCGCAUGAUAUUGCAGCCAUCCUCCGGUGGGCUUUGCGUCACCUUCAGCUGGACGGCAAUUCAUUCGGAACCAGUUCCUCUGCUGAGCCUGGAAGCGAGGAAGCAUGGCGUUGGUACACCGCGUUUGCAGAGGCCGAACGGGCUUUGUCGUACCCUUCAAAUGCGUUCUCACAAUCGCUUACCCCCGAAUUGCCAACAGCUCAUCAUCGACUACUAACAGCUACAUUGGAUAUCAUCUCUUCGCUUGCUGCUCACGCCGAGACCAACGGAAGCUCUGGAAGCAAACUCUCCAAGUUCCUGGGUCUGUGGCUCCUGACUGCUCAACGUUCCCAAGAAUCCGACGAUUGGAAUGCCUUCUACGCGCGCUGGGAGCGCGCCGGUCGUAUUUUAGAACACAUUUAUCUGUCCUACAUCCGGGAUGAAGCCUCUCACGAAAAGAUGCCUCUACGUCUAGUUGAGUUGGUGAAACAUUACCCGUACGGCAAGACUUCUUCUGAGGAUGCCCUCCUUCCCCGCCCGCGCUUCUCGACACGUCAAUAUGACACUCUGUUUGUUCGGGUGGAAGCGCAACUUCCUGAUAAACGGUCUACGAAGCCGAAACUCCAUCCCGUGCAGCUCGUCCAGGAAGCACUCAAGGCCGAAGUUGAUUCAAAUGCUGGCGAGCAUGUUCAGUUGUGGGAACGUAUCAGGCAGGUUUCCCCUGAAGAAGAGGACACAUCGGCUGCAUUCCAGUUAUCACGCAUCUUUGAUGAGGACACUCUGAACCUCCUUUCACUUAUACCGUUAGAAGGGACAUCGCCUACCAUAAGUAUCACCAUUCCGCCAUCGAAUGUUCGCCCAGUUCGCAGACGUUCAACUUCUCUCGGAGGGCCUACUGCUGCCAAUGGCAAUCGCAAGGGACCAAGUAAUGGCGAAAGUGCUGGCACCAAUGGUAGCCUAACGGCUUCACCGACCAUCCCCUCAUCUCCUACGGAUUGGGCGGAUUUUUCCUCUGCCGGAUUCGGUGACAUCACCUUGGGCAAGGACUUCGCUGCUACUCUCUUGGAUACUGACGUCGAGAAGACCAGUCCUCCGGAUGUUUCUUCUCAAGGAGGCAAGAAGCGUCGAGCUACUUCUCCCACUAUUCCCGUAUCCGCUAACCGGCGGUCAUCGGCUGACAAUCCCCAGGCUAUAGCCAAUAGGAUUGCAGCUCAGAUGGACGCUGCGAAAGAGACUUUGGAGGUCAAACGGAAGGCUUCCGCUGUCAAAAUGAUCCAGAUUGACGAGGCGUUUAUUGACUUCUGGAGUGAUGCUUUCACAGAUCCCAUCGCUGCCUCUUGGCCGGCUUUCGUCGUAUGUCAGCUGAAGCCUAGCUUAGGGCUUAGCGUUGACGGGAAGGCAGUCAACUGGCUCGUGAUCGAGCAUGUCUUCACGUAUCCAGCACCUCCCCCUUCGCCAGUCUCACCUUCCUCUCCAGUGAAACGAGCUGCAUCACCCAAACCGUCCCUGCGUUCGAACAUUUCCACUCGUAAGAGCGGCACAUUUAACGCGGCAAGGAAACGAUUCACCUUCUUCAGCGGUUCGGAGUCGGCGAAGGGAUCGAAUGUGAAGGCUUCUGGUUUGACCAGCCCCGGCUUAGGAGGAAGGAAGCGUGGCGGAAAGUCUCCUCGUAUUGGCGAAAUGGGCGAAAUCCUGCCUGAUGUGGAGGAAGGUUCUUCAGAGCCAACGUCUGCCCAACCCACAUCGUCACCUUCUGGCCUGGGUCUUCUUGAUGAUGCGCCAGCGGUCCCUGCCAAGGCUGAGACGCCUAGGGCGGAAUUGUCUCCCGUACCUGUUGUCGAUGCACCUCCUGCUGCAGAGACGGUGCCUGUCGCUACUGAACCCGUGAAUGUAGAUGAAGACAGAACGAAACUUACUGCAAUCCAUCCGCCCCAACCCACACCAACGUCUCAUGUUUCGAAUGGACCAAGUGAUGUUGCUGAAGCUGCCGCUGCAACGGUGCCUGUUCCUGAGAAGACGUUGCCUUCUGCUCCCGAGCUUGUCGUUCAGACUGGAGCAACCCUCGGGCCUGAGGUUGCCUUGAGCUCCGGUGGGCCCGUAGUACAAGCUGAGGCUACCACUACCGCUGCAUCGGAGAUAAAUCAAGGGCUUGUUGAGAGAGUGGUCGCUCCUGAAGAACCCACUGAGCCAGCUCCGGGCUUCCAACAAUCUGAAGCGAAGGUUGAUGAGGAUGUUGACGAGACUCCACUGGCGUCGCCGGCGACUACAAAGGUUUUUGAGGGUAUCCCUUCCCAAGAUAAUGUCAGCAGCCCUGGUGAAGAAACUGUCGUGCAGACGGGAGGUUUAGGCAAACCGCUCCCAACGGAAAAGGCUGCAGAAGAUCUUACUGAGCCGGAUGUGAUAACAGAAGACAAACCGGCUGUGUCUGAACCCUUUUUUGAGCCGUCAACCACCAAUGCCAGUCUUCAACCAGUUGGGACCGUAGAAGCACCCAAUCAACACCCGGUCUCCAAUGAAAAGGAGCCUUUGGCACAAACGGAGGUCAUCUCACAGAUCCCCAAGUCAGCUACCGAAGAUACCGAAGAGAUUCCGGAGCAAACGAAGACACGAAGUCAUACUGCGGACGCUGAGACCAAGAAGGGGGAAGGCCUGCAAGGAGAUAGCCCAGAUGUAUCUGUCUAUUCAAAGGGUGCGGAAGGCGGUACGCUAGCGCAAGAUGCUGUUCCAGGCUUUGCGGCUCCCAGCCAAACGACGUCGCAAGAAACAGAUGGUGGCGAAGAUAAAUCCACCCUUCCUGAUCAUAUUCAAGGAAAUGGCUCAAGUCAACCUAGUGAAAGUGGCGUUGUGCCGGUUGAGCACGCUUUACAGGAACACGAUGUUGUCGGUGGCAAACCGACACCGACUGUCUCCGAGGAAGAAACACCUAGUGCUGGAGAGACGCCUUCUACAACUCAGUCGUGAUACCCCUGAGCUCUUAUACCCCCUAAUACCCCGUCCUCCAUCCGUAAUGAUGUUGUUGUCUAGUCUUGUUGUUUAUGAUCCGUCUGUUCCUAUGGUUUCAUGCUGUUGGAUUACUCUAUGCUCAGUUCGCGCGAGAUAUUCAUCCUAUAUCUUCUGCCCUUGGACUAUCAUUCACUUCUCCUACAUUGGACGCAGUCUUGAUGAUCAGUAGCUCAUGUUUCAAUAGAUCAUUCAACUUGGUGUCGUCGUACGAAUCUCUUGUACAUCUGGGUGAACCACGAACAUGAGAUUAC